UAGCAACCCGGUGUUAUCGUGUCCGCCCGAGUCAGUAAAUGUCAGUGCAUAGUAACAGUGUACACGUAAGUUAUUUGCGUGGUAUCCAGGGUGACGUCAUAGGGAACACAUUUACUACUACCGUAAGUUAAGUCGCCGCUAAAAAAAAAAACUACCCGGAUUUAUUAUGGAGGCUGCUGAAGACGAGAAAACAGAGAUAGCACAAGCUCAAGCAGAUCCUGUAGAUCCUGAUUUGUCUAAGCAAAAACCUCAAGCAAAAAAUCUUAAUGUCUGCAAAUUUUUCCUGAUGGGCAAGUGUCAUUUUGGAGACCGAUGUCGCCUUUCUCACAGUAGCACAUCUGUGCUUGCUCAUCAAAAACCAGUGCAGACAGAAGAGAAAGAAUGCAAAAAAAGUAAAACUAGAAGAAACACAGGCAAAACAGAUAAGGUCAAAGUCGAAGAAAGCAAAGGGCCUGAGAAAAAGCUGCGUAUGCGCACGGCAGAUGAUGUAAUUUCCAGGAUUCUGUGGGAUAGCUCUGUGGACCCAGCUGACUUUAUAGUAGGCCACUUGGACCGCUUUCUGGGAGUACUGGAACGUCCUUUCUCUGACUUUUCAUGGGACACUCAGGUAUGCGACUGUGAUUAUUCAGAGGAAAUGGCCAUUCCUCGUCACCGGAUCCAGUACUUCACUUAUAAAGGUCAACGUGUGUGGGACAGGGACAGUCGAACUGACCACGUUUUUGGCUCCACGGGACAGUCUGUAAUGUCUCCAUUUGAUAGGGGCGCUCCACCACAAGAUAAUGUUGCAGCAGAUACAGCUGACGGGGAAGAAUUGUCUGUUGAGAAAAAUGAGCAAGAUUCCAUAAACUACGACUUAACGGGAGCUGCAAAUGAGGAAACUUUUGGUGAUACUGGAGGAACGUUAGACUCUAGCGUAAAUAUUCAAAUCGACAAAGACUGUGAAGAUGCAGGUCUAGCUCAAGUAGCAGAGGGCCUUUCUGUCUCCCCAGAAAACAAACAAAUCACAACACAGGAUGAAUGGACAGACAGCUGGGACAAGGAGGAUGCGAAGGUGGAAGAGGCGGAACCUGCGCAGCCCAUACCUCAAGAGCCACUCCCAGGCCGUAAACCACGCAAGCCCACUCAUUUUAUUUGUUUUCGUGUGAACUCACCUGCUGCCUUAAGGGCAUUUCAGCUUAUCCAGAGGAAAGUUCUGACCCACUUUCCCCAGUCAGAGUCAUCAUGGGUGAAGCCAGAAACUCUGCAUGUUACUCUGUCUUUGCUUUUCCUUCAAGGCCCAGAGGAGGUGUUUGCUGCAAGCGAGCUACUUCGCUCAGUGGUUAAAAACUUCUACAAGCCACCAAUCUCUGUGUCCUUUACUCCUAAACUGAAGCACUUCAAUGGAAAAGUCCUUAAUGUAGCCCCCCAGCCCUGCGCGGACGUUCAGAACCUGAACGCUCCUAUUCAGGAAGCGUUCAGGGAGAAAGGCUGGCUUCAUCGCGACUCACGAAACCCCAUCUACCACCUCACACUAGCUAAAGUAACAGAAGCAGAUGGAGAAAGGAUAUUUGAAGAAGUGUGGCGGGUUAAACUGGAUAAGCAGUUAAACUUUGGGAAGCUGACCGUGGACAAAUUGCAUCUGUGUGUUAUGGGUGCUCCACGGACUGCUGAUGGAUUUUAUGAGACAGUGUGUUCUGUGCAGUUGCCCACGGUGUAACAGCUUAAUGUUAAUCAUAACAAGAACCAACUAGAUUAAAAAAGGAAUACAUCAAAGUAACAUCACAUCUGUACUGUAUUUACCUAAUGUCCAAAUUGUUUAUAUUUGUGUAUGUAAAUAUAUGCAAAAUAUAAACAAUUUAUAAUGGACACGCUGAUGUACAUCAUCAUAUAUUACAGGUUCAAUUACAUAAAAAAAGAAAUAAUUUAAAGCAGCAAAAAAACUUUUGAUGAUUUCAGGUGUUUGGGGACCUUUUGGACUAAUAGUAAACCAUUAGUCCAAAAGUACUAACUAAUGUUAGUAGUUAUAUACAAUACCAGUCAAAUAAUAGAACACAAGUUUGGAUUUAUUUCUUAUUUUCCAGAACACUAAUGAAUUUUUUGAUAUUUUUUUUAGUUUUUAAACUUUGAAAUUACCCAUAUUCUAUUAGUUAAUUAGGUAAAAACAGCCAACUGUGAUUUUUAGACAUAAAGGAUAGCAGUUCUGGAAUAGUUAUCGCAAGAACAGUAUUGUCAAGUGUAUUUGCAAAACCCAUUAAUCACCUUGAUGAAAGUGAGUCUCAUGAAGACCAUCCCAGGAAAGCAAGACCAACACACACCUCUGCUGCAGAGAAAUUAAUUUCGAGUUACCAGCCUCAGAAAUCACCAAUUAACACCUCAGAUUAGAGCCAUUAUGACGGCUUUACAGAGCAUAAGUAGCAGACACACCUCAAUAUCAACUGUUUACAGGAGAUUAUUGAAUAUCUCGGAUGUUUAUUUCUUUAGACCCAAAAUCAGGAAAGACUAUGGAGUUAGAAGGUGUGUCCACAAUUUUGACUGGUAGUAUAGAUUUUUGUGUAGAUUUAAGUGAGAUCAACAACUCAGAGAUUUAUAAACUUACACUGGUCUCUAUUACUACAGCACAUUAUACCUACUGAUCUGUUGUCAUAUAGUUACUGUAGAUUUUAUGAUCAUGGUUGUGUCACAGACACAGAAACAAUUUGUGCAAGUUAGGGUCGUCACAUUUAUUACAGCAGUUAUUUAAUUAAAAUAAUCUCUUUCUACAGUCAUUUAUUAGAUUUCACAAUCAUGUUUAUACAACAAGAGACCACCAGGUAUGUUAUUUGCUUUAUGAGUUGCGUGCAGUCAUGUAUUACUCAGCAAGAUCUCAAAACUCCUGAAAUCCUCAAAAGUUAUAUUUUGCUGCUUUAAAUCAUAUUUUAAACUGAGCAUUACCUUACAUCAUGUACAGUUUAAAUAGAAAAUUAAUUAAAUUGUCAAGUAUGAGUCAUCUAAAUGAUUGUUUCAGGACUGAAAUUGGCAUGAAGAAAUUUAUGAAGUCUUUGUAUACAAGUCUUCAUCAGGGAACAUUUGGUACCCUCAGCAAAGUGGACUUUAUACCUUUCACCUUCCCUGUUUUAUAAUUUGACUUUUGCCUUACUCUGAUCAGCCCUAUAAUUAAAACCACCUAGGUUUUAGGUUCCCCUUAUUCCAACAAAACCGCUCUAUCCACUCAAGGCAUGUCUCCACAAGACCUCUGAAAAUUUCUGAACAGAAUUUUAGCAGCAGAUUCUCUUGUGCUGUAAGUUGCAAGGUGGGGCCUGAAUAGAUCAGACUUAUUUCUUCAGUACUUUUUUUUUUCAGGGUUUUGUGAUCCAUUUAGCUUUUUCCCCACCAACAAAAAUGUGCCUUGGCUACCCACGGUCCUGUCACCAGUUUACUGAUAUAUAAUUGAUAAUUAUUGUUAUUUAAUUUCCCUGGUGGUAGUGUCAAUUUUAUGGCUGAUCGGUGUAUAGAUAAACACGGUUAUAGAAGGAAUUCAUUUAACCACACACGUAUUACUCAAAUAACUAUGGCUCCCCCUUUGAGUCUGAUUCUUCUCAGGGGUUCUUUCCAAUGUCAUCUCAGAGACUCUUUCCUAGCCACAGUUGCCUCCAGGUUGCUCAUCGGGGACAAGCUGAAUUAAAGUUUUAAAUUUUUUAAAAACUGUUCUGAAUUUUUAUUCCUGUAAAGCUGCUUUUAGAUGAUGUUAAUUGUUAAAAGCACUGUACAAAUAAAAUUGAACUGAGUUGGAUUGACUGCA